GCAUUGUUUCAUGCCUUUCGCUCGCGAAAGGGGUCGAAUCGGCGGCUGAUUUGACUUCGCUCGCUCUUCGAGCAAAGUGAAAGUGAUCCGAGCAGUCACAGGUUCGGAAGCGGCGGGUCGGCCGGAGCCGGAGGAGAAACGUAACCAAGUCGAGGAGAUAUGAGCGGCGGCGGCGGCGGAGGCCGAGCGCCGGCGGCGCAGUCGCAGGAGCUGCAGCUGCCGCCGGGGUUCCGGUUCCACCCGACCGACGAGGAGCUGGUGAUGCACUACCUCUGCCGGCGCUGCGCCGGGCUUCCCAUCUCCGUGCCCAUCAUCGCCGAGAUCGAUCUCUACAAGUUCGACCCCUGGCAGCUCCCAAGGAUGGCGCUGUACGGCGAGAAGGAGUGGUACUUCUUCUCGCCGCGGGACCGCAAGUACCCGAACGGGUCGCGGCCGAACCGCGCCGCCGGCGCCGGGUACUGGAAGGCCACCGGUGCAGACAAGCCGGUGGGCACGCCGAAGCCGUUGGCCAUCAAGAAGGCGCUCGUCUUCUACGCCGGCAAGGCGCCCAAGGGCGACAAGACCAACUGGAUCAUGCAUGAGUACCGCCUCGCCGACGUCGACCGCACCGCCCGCAACAAGAACAACAGCCUCAGGUUGGAUGAUUGGGUACUGUGCCGAAUCUACAACAAGAAAGGCGUGCCGGAGAGGCCGGCCGGAGCCGGCGGGGCCGAGGCGAGCAGCCAGCAAGGCGCGCAGGGGUCGAUGGGCUCGCCGCCGGAGCAGAAGCCGUCCGUGCCGCCGCAUCCCACGGCCGGGGCGGGGUUAUACGCGCCGCCGCCGUUCUCGGACCUGGCGGCGUACUGCGAGGUCCGGCCGUCGGACUCCAUGCCCCGGGCGCACGGCGCGGACUCGAGCUGCUCGGGCCAGGGCCACGCGCUGGCCGCCACGUCGUCGUCGUGCGGCGGCGGCGAGCGGCCUGAGGUGCAGAGCCAGCCCAAGAUCGCCGAGUGGGAGCGCACGUUCGCCGGCGCCGGUGCCGGUCCGGGGAUCAACCCGGCCGGCUCGAUGCUGGGGCUUGGCGGGCAUCAUCAGCUCGGCCCGGCGGCGGUGGGGGUGGGGCAGCUGCCCGCCGGCGACCCGCUGCUGCAGGACAUCCUCACGUACUGGGGCAAACCGUACUGAGACCGAGGAAGGACGGUGGCUAGCCGCAAUUGUCGUCAUCGGGAUCAGUGGCCCGAGCCGCCGGCGAUGCGGCCGUGUCGAGCCCUGAUCGUGGAGCUAGCAGGACUACAGGACCAUUGCUUAUUGCCGCUACUGCUACGAGAGUUGAAUUAAGCUGUGUAUACGCGAUUGAUUUGGACAUUUGGUGCUGGAAUUUUUGUGUACUUAUGUUAGUACUAGUACAUACUAGACCGAGUA